AAAUCUGGCAACCCUGGAAGUGAGAAAAGAGCAGAGCAGAGCAGAGCAGUGCAGAGCAACCACCAGGGAAGGAAAAGCCUGAAAGAUCUCCAAAGAAGCUGGACAUAAGCACAGGAUAUAGACCCGCACACUCGCUUUACAUGCCCUUCGACGAAUUGUCCUUCUGCGGCUCCAGUUUUCUGGUGUUUUAGGGUUCCGCGUUUUAAAGAUCGGAAAGCACUGUGAACACAGAGAGUAAUGGAGCUGUAUUGUCUGGAAGUGGACACCGUGGUGCGAGCUCGUCCCGACCCGAACCUCCUCGGCGAUGAGAGGGUGCUUCAGAGCCUUCUGACCAUCGAGGAGAGGUUUCUGCCUCAGUGCUCCUAUUUUAAAUGCGUACAGAAAGAUAUCCAGCCUUUCAUGCGCAGGAUGGUGGCCACUUGGAUGCUGGAGGUCUGCGAGGAACAAAAGUGCGAGGAGGAAGUUUUCCCACUGGCUAUGAACUACUUGGACAGGUUUUUAGCAGUUGUACCCACCAGAAAGUGUAACCUGCAGUUGCUCGGCGCAGUGUGCAUGUUUCUGGCGUCCAAACUGAAAGAGACGCGUCCUCUAACUGCAGAAAAGCUAUGUAUCUACACUGACAACUCCAUCCGACCGCAAGAACUCCUGGAAUGGGAAUUGGUGGUUCUCGGUAAAUUGAAGUGGAACCUGGCUGCUGUCACUCCUAACGACUUCAUUGAGCACAUUGUGAAGAGGCUGCCUCUGCCUGAGGAUAAGCUGGACCUGAUCCGCAAGCAUGUGCAGACUUUCAUCGCCCUGUGCGCAACAGAAUUCAACUUUGCCAUGUAUCCUCCAUCCAUGAUUGCCACAGGCAGCGUGGGAGCAGCAAUCUGUGGACUGCAGCUCAACAACACAAACCACGCACUGUGGGGGGACAACCUUACAGAACUGCUCGCUAAGAUCACAAACACAGAAGUCGACCUGUUGAAGGCAUGUCAGGAGCAGAUUGAGCGUGUGCUGACGAACAGCCUAAGGGAGGGACGCAGGCAGCAGCACAAGCAGCAGCAGCAGGACCAGAACAACCCACGCAACAAAGCCUUGGAUGACCAGGACCAGUCCAGCACCCCGACCGAUGUACGAGACAUCAACUUGUGAGCUCGCAGGAACGGUGCCUGGAUCUAAAGGAAAAAAAAAAACAACAAAAAACAAAAAUGACAAAAAAAAAAACAAAAAAACAGCCCAUGAAAAAGUGCUUGCUAGUCUUUGUAGGUUUUUAUUCUAUUCUAAAAGGAAGAAGAAAUACACUUCAUAAGAAAUCAAAGAUAUUUUAGAAAUAAAUAUAGGUAUUUUUUAAAUGAAUUGAUACUGAUGCAAAAAUUUCUGUGGUGCUUCAGACAAGUAGAAGGGAAGCCAAUAGUAUUUUGCAAACUAUUUUUCAUUGUAUAAACAAAAUAUAUAUAUAUAUAUAUAUAUUCAUUUAAAAUGAAUAUUGAGUUAUAUUAAUUUUUUUUCCUCAGUAGAAAAAAGCUCAAGUUUAAAGAGCCUGAAAUGGUCAACUUUAUAAGACUGGCUUGUAAAGGUACACAAAUGGGGCUUUGUUUUUUUCCUGCUUUGUUGUGUUUCAGUUCAUGUUCGAAAAGUCUGAGCAUGAACGCACACAAGGGGUGUCAUGAUACUUGUUAGUUGAGUCCCCGUUUGGCUGUGUGGUAAAGAUGUUAAAGGCCCACGAAUGUUAGGUGGAACAGGUUUUGGUAAAAGCCUUACAGUAAGAAUGUGAUUGAUUUAUCUGUCUCAACAAAAGGUCCUCUGGGUAAAAUUUGGGUAAAGACAAUUCCAAUUUGUUAUAUUGUGCCAUCAAUGUUAAAAUGAUUUAAAAAUUGCUUGCAUUAACCAAAUCAAAACAUCUUAAAUGUCACAAUGCAAAUUUUAUAAUAAUUCACCCAGUCAAGGGUCAUGUAUUGAGAACAGUCAAUUAUUAUUAUUAUUAUUAUUAUUAUUAUUAUUAUUAUUAUUCAAUCAGCAACUUAUUGUCUCUCGAUUCUCAAAGCAUAGAGACGUCAAUAAGCUUUUGACAGGCUGCUUGUGUGUGUAUGCAUAUGUGUUUCUGUAUGUGGGUACAUGUAUGUGUGUGCGUGUGUGUGUUUGAGAGGGAGACAGUGAGAUGUGUGUGCUUUGUUGUUGGUGAACUAUCAAGAUUAUGGUUCAAGUUGAGACCACACAGUCAGAGGAGUAGACAGGGGACAAAGAAUAAGUCUACAGUGCUUUUUUUUAUUUUUUUUUAUUUGAAGGGUCACGGGCUACCUGUAUCACUGCCUUCUAUUCAUGCGCUUUUAUUUUUGGGCCUGGGACAAGAGGUUGAACCCAGUCCAGUGCACGGGAUGGUGAGGAGGCUAGAAAGAGAGGAGACAGAAGACUACCUUCUUCAAGAUGCUUUUAUGGGUAAAUGUAAUUUUUUUCGACAAAGAAGGGUGUGAAGGAGAAGUUUGUAUGUCAUUACGACCUCCUUUGGAGUUUAACAGUUGUGUUGUAUACAGGCAGUCGAUUUUGUAAAACGCAUUUAUUCGGCUCAUCGCCGUUAUGAGUUGAAGGAACCCAGGGCUACUUGAGUGUAGAUUAAAGAGGCGCUGAAACAGAAUUUCACACGGAGAGCAUGGAUUCUACAUGCAGUCAAUGAAAGUGCAUGGUGGCAUGAGAUUCGUGCGCAGAGGAGGAGCAUGGUGGUCAUUAAAGCUGUGUGAGUUUAAGGAGAGAUGUAUGCUGCUGCUGAGAUAGACAUACAUUGGCAUACAGGAGAGGAGGCCAAAGGCGAGGACUAGAUAUUGUUCCAUAGAUCACAUGAUAAUUUAAGUUCUUUUAUAUAUUUGCUUGUUUGACUGUUCAUUUUGUGUAUUUCCUUUUUUUUUUUUUUUUUUUUGGAUUACAGACCAGUAUCUAAACCAGUUUGAUUGACACUGCCAGCUAAUUGGUGGGGAAGGUAAUACACAGGGAAGCUUAAUUGAUUAGGGGAAAAUUUGUUGAUCUGUGCAUCUGUAUUUCCUCAGUUUCAACAACGAAGCACUUUGAGCACAUAUUUCCCUUAGGUCACAGAGAGAAAAAAAUGGGCCAUUAUUUACGUGUCAUGUGUAUCCCUCCCAAAAGAAAGAAAGGGAGCUGAUGCGAUGUACACUGUCACAACAAUGCCAACAUUCCAACAGAAAUGACAAUAUUCAAAUUUCCAAAUGUUCAGGUUAAGGAAAAUGCAUGUUUCCCCCCCAAGGCCUCUCUCUUCUUUACUUGAAAUUUUGUUUGCUGUUCAUUGAAAUGUUAAUUGGUUUUUAUACAGUUGUAAAUGGUAAAAAUAAAACCUUGUAACAUCAGUAAGUUGCCCGCUCCAGGGCAUUCAUUUAAUUUAUACAAAGUAAACUGGUGAAGCUGCUCUAUCGGAGGGAAAAAAAUGCCUUGUUUCAUAUGGUGCCUUAAUUCCUUAAUUUAGGGAGUGUUGUCCUGUGCCAUUGUGCCUUGAUCAGACUGCUGAAGUAGCCUUCAGUGUCCACUAUCUUGUCAUCUCCUACAAAAAGUGCUGCUUCCAAAGGAUGGACUGGCAUAUGAUUUAGCAAAGAGUCACAAUUCUCUGACUAUGAUUAAGGCAGUGUGUGUUAACAGCACAACACAAACACUUGUGCACAAGUCGCUUAGCUUGCGCUAAGAAGAUUGUUAGGGGCGGUUUAGCUUUGUUUUGAUAAGCAUAGUCUGUGUUUUUCUGUGGGUAAAGGAGACUUCAUUGUUAGAUUGUUUUUUCAUGCAUAGCAUAUUUCCUAGAGGCAAUUGGAUUCCAUAAUUCAGGUUCCUCCCACUCUUUCACUUAAAUAGCCCAUUAUCAAGCAAUUAUUUUAUCUUUUCCUGUUUUAUCACUCACCCCAGUGCUCUGAAAAUUAGUUGUAGUACUGUUUUUAGAAUUUCUGGGUGGGCUUGGGCUUGGAUAUGGACCGAAAUUUGCUUUGUACGGUUUGAUACUGUAUUCCAAAGUGAAGAGGGGGUAGAAGUGGUUGUGAAGACAUCAAUCAAGUGUCAAUAUUUUUUGAGUUAUUGUUUUUUUUUCUCCGCUGCUAAAAGCUAUGAUUUUUGUUUCAUCUUAUACACAAAAAUAACAUAGUUGUGAUGUCACUUGAGUGUGCUGCUAUUUUAUAAACAAUUGUAUUAUAAUUAUUUUACUGCUUACAGAAUACUUUGAGAAUGCAGAAGUAGAUGGUAAAUAGAAGAUCAAGAAAUGUAAUGAGUAUUCGACUGGAAAUGCUCUUUGUACAGUAUGCUCUGAAAGCAUGAUUUCUUUCUUUUUUUAUCUUUGUUUUCCUGCUCUGUUACCUUUUCCUCUCACAGUCUGUAAGUAUGGUAUGUCUAUACCUCAGGUUUACUGGACAAAAGAAAACAAGUCUCUCAGUACCUCAAAACUCAUCACAGUUUUCUGGGAGCCAAUGAAAGACCGCAUACAGUGGAGAUUCUGAUGGGGGGACUUUGUAUAGUCUUCAUUUAAUGAAGCGUGAACAGCUUAAGGCUCCCACAUGGACUUCAACCUACUAUAGUGGAUGGAGGGGGAGGAAAGUUGACCAAUGUUUUAAUUUUGGGUCUAAGAGCUGAGAUAUACAAAUAGUGAUACAGUUGUACAUAAAUCUUUUGUAUAAAUUUGGAAUCUUAUUUCUCCAAACACCUUAACACACAUGAAAGUCCUAUACAAAGUGACAAAAUGUUGAUGGACUUUGACAUGUAACUGAGUUGCACUUUGCCUUAGCCUUAAUAACACAUUUUUUCAGAUGUGCUGAAGGUAUUUUCAUCAACUGGUGUAGUAUGAACUGUGACACCAUGCCAAUAGGACAGCUCUCAACAACAUAUAACCGUGUGUGACAAAUUUAACUAUUUGAAUGUCAACAUUUACAUGGAUUCUGUUGCCUCCCUCCACUAUGACCUUGUCAUGUACCUCAAUAAUGUCUGUUGCACAGCCUCUCUCCCAAUAAAUAUCUGCUUCAAUGUG